CUCUGUGCUUUUUUACAUAACCUCACAUAAUCUUUUGUAAGCGUUCCUAGCCGCUUUUCUAACGUUUCGAAAAAACUCAAAUAAUCUUAAUUUUUUCUCAACCUUGGCACAUUGAUUGAACUAAGAUGUCUAUCGGUGUACCACUGAAAGUUCUUCAUGAAGCUGAAGGCCAUAUUGUCACCUGUGAAACUAUUACAGGUGAAGUUUAUAGAGGCAAGUUAAUAGAAGCCGAAGACAAUAUGAACUGCCAAAUGUCCCAAAUAUCAGUAACUUACAGGGAUGGUAGAGUUUCCCAAUUGGAAAACGUUUACAUUAGAGGAUCCAAAAUAAGAUUCCUUAUACUACCGGAUAUGUUGAAAAAUGCCCCUAUGUUUAAGAAACAGACAAAGGCAGGCACUGCUGGUAGGGGAAAAAGUGCUAUACUGCGAGCUCAAGCUGCAAGAGGAAGGGGUCGGGGUAUACAGCCUCCUACAAGAGGGGGAAGAGGUGGCUGGCAGCCUCAGCAAGGUAAUAUGGGGAGAGGUAGAUAACUGCUAAAUUCACCACCAUUGUUUCAUUACUUAUAUUUAUAUUUAAGAUUUCUUACUGGAAAGUGUGAUGUAAUUGACAUAUUUGUGUAUGAAUAUAAACCUACAUUCUAUA